UGACAGCACACAACAGGAGUUCGAGUUGCUCCAGCAGUUGGGCACUGAGCAGUAGCAAGCAGCAGCGCUGGGAUCAGCGCGAGCGGCACGGGCUUCCAGUGGCGCUGGGGCCUGGCCCUGAUCAGCGAGAUGCGGGAGACGAGGCUGGAGCCCGAUAUCAGCCCAACUGCACUGCGGGGGGCAGUGUCGCUGGGGUGAAGGCGUGCGAGAGGGGCUUGCAGUGGCAGCGGGCUUUGGCGCUGCUGAGCGACGUGCGGGAGGUGAACGUGAUGCCCGAUGCCAUCGCAUUCCUUGCUGGGAUCAAUGCAUGCGGGAUCGGUUUGCAGUGGCAGCGGGGACUGGCGCUGUUCAGCGAUAUGUGGGAGGCGAAGUCGAAGCCCACUGCCACCAGCUAA